UUUAGGUUGACCUCCUAACGCUUUGUGUUUGUUUCUUUGAAUGAAAGGCACAUGCACUGUCGCAGACUGAAAUCGACCGCGGAAAUCGAAUGCAUUCAAUAAACAACACAUCUUCAUCUUCAUCAUACUCGUUGGGUAAUUAAGAACCAUCACCAUUCCAGCAAGAUAUUUACAGCCCUGAUUACGCGACUGCUACUCUGAUUCAGCAAUGCCCGAUUGAGUUUCUUACAAUUCAAUAAAACUCAAAUAGAUUGCUUGACAAGAUGGCAAACGUGGAAAUCAUCGAUGCAAACGAAGGCAAUCCUAGCCCGACAAAAUCAUUUCAAUAUAGUCCGGCUAAAAGGAGAACACAGAAUGGAUCAUCUUCCACUCACAAACCAUCUCACCCGGAAGACCACGAUUUCAAUCUUGGAUCACCGGAAAUGAAAAUGGACGAUGCAGAUGAUGAAGAUAUCGCAGAUCUUGAAUCGAGUAUCAUUCAACAAUCAAGAACGAUUGAUGAUUUUACAAGAAUCAUUGCUGAAUGGCGAACAGAGCGAGAGAGAACACAGAUUCGUGGAGAUGGCGCAAGCAGUUUCAGAGGGGUUAGCUCAAGGGUCCUAGGAGACAACAACGGCGAAUCGGCCUCUAACCAAAAUCAGCUAAGGAUACGAAGUAGUAUGGCAAGCUUGACCGCUGAUGCUGCUCGAUCUUCAGCGGACGUCGAUACUAUUAGUCAGUAUAGCUAUGAGGCAUCAUCGGUUGGCGAUCCUGAUGAAGCAAGAAUGUCACCAACACUAUCUGCAUCACAAUCUCCUUAUGGUCUAAUGGGGAACGAUGACCCAUCUAGACAUUCAGUAAGAGUACGCUGUACAUGCUGCUGUGGAAGAGGAACGAGAAGAUGUAAACGUGCUCGAAGGGCAACACGAGAAUGGAGUCAAAUGGAAAGCGAUCUACGUUUAGCAGCACAAAUCGGACAGGCUUUGCUAAGGAGAAGUGAUGCAUUACAAGCUGAACUAGGACACAAACAGGAAGAGCACGGCACUCGACUUGAUUCAAUGAUGAAAAAGCUCACAUCUUCGAUCAAGGAAGCUGCCCACUUGGAGAAACGAUUAGAACAAAGUGAGCUCAACUUGGAGGCAUGCGAAGCAUCUAAUCGCGCUCUUGUGAGAGAGAUUGAGGAAGGCAGGCGAGAUUUGACAAAAGCACGAGGAUCAAAUGUACGUAAUUCAGGCUUAGAGCUCAAGCUCGAACGAGCAGAAAAAGAGCUGGAAGACCUUCGCCAAGAAUUGGCAGAGGAGAGAAAACAAUCUGAACAACAAAAAUCGAGACUCAAGCGAUCUGAAAGGAUUACAGAAGAUCUCACUGGUCAAUUGAGGAUAGCAAAGGUGGAAGGAAGCCGAAAAGAGCUUACCGAAGAGGAGAGAAUGAGAAGGAAGGAUGAAGUGCGAAAACUGGUGGAAGCACGACUUGGGCAGAAUAGUGCAGCACAGCGACAGGAUUCCACUGAAGGAGAAGGUGGUGAUUGGAUGGAAUCUUUGGUAUCCGAAAACGAUGCUUUGACUCAAGAACUACGACAGAUGAAGGAAUUACUCGAAAGUCGAAACGAAGAAGUUGCACAAUUACGCGAAGAUUUGAGUCAAAAGGAUGAUUACGUCUUCUCUUCUGCCAAUACAUCCCAUGACGUUAGUUCGCCUUUGCGUAUAUCCGAUCUACACUCUUCUGCUCCUGUACCGUUUGCGGAUGAACUCGUAGACAUCAGACACGGACAUCCGUCUUCGACUGAUCGAAAGGUGUCAAGUUCCAGAUCAGCAUCUUAUACAGACGGACAUCAAACUCCUUCAUUGCUUUCACCUCAAAUGGCAAAUACGAUGUUACCUUCUGGACCUGGAUCUACUUCUACCAAUAUGACCAGCGAGGCAGAUUCACAGACAGAUUUGGCCGGAAGCAAAUUCAGUAGCAAGACUACCGUUGCACUUCAAGCCAAUCCGUCUUCAACAUCUUCUGCGAUCAAACGUGAAACACGGACAGCCCAACUGAAUGCUCUAGUUGACAUGAUUCAAAGACUGUUCUCUCGAUUAUCCACAGCAGACGUCGACACUCUGGCGAAAAGGCUGCAAAGGCAAAAGCUAGCAGGUGAUGUUGGUCAUUUGGCCCGUACGACGGUGAAUGGAAUUUUGCGUGAUAUCGAUGGCUUGCGGGACCAUUUCCGCCGAGCGAUGGACAAUGAGUCUAAAGGCCGUGAAGUGGAUAAUGUUUCCCUGCAUUCCCGUACAAGUGGUAAGAGUAAUGAUCGCUCAAACUCCAAUGCUGAAUCGGACAGCUUGGUUGCACGUAAAGAGUUCUUUGCUCUGAUCAAAUUGUUCAAAGAUUUGUUCAUGGAAAUGGCUAGAUUACGGAACACAAUCAAUGAGAUCAGUAUGCAACCACAACAAGCAUCACGAAUCUUGCAAGAGCAAUUGGGCGUACAGAUGAGCGAAGACAAAGGUGUGACAGCAUGGUUUGGUAAAUUGCUAUCCACAACUGGCUUACCCGGAACUACAGGCAAUUCUGGUUCUUCCUCCAAUACAACCCAGGGUACAUCACCAAGUGCAGCGGCGGCUGGUCUCUCUGCCUUGAAUGCUAGCAAUGCCCGGCCAAACAAUGCUCAACGUUCUUCAGCAUCUAGCGUACAACGACCAGGGGUAGCUUAUGCAUCUGCUGCCGUUUUACCUAGUGCUGUUGCUGUUGAAGUGAAAGGUAUGCAUGCUACAGAACAGGCGCAACUUCAAGGCGGAAUGGACAACAAUGGUUCGAUCGGUAGUGGUAGUCGUGGAACAAGUCCACAGCCUGAACAAACAACAUUCAGUGACUUACCCAGCCAUGCAAGACCGGAGGCCACUAGAAGACAGCCAAGCUUGUCAAGAGUUCAAUCGCGUAAUCUGAGCGGAUUGUUUGUUGGCUCAAUGUCGGGUAGCACAGAUUUUGGCUCGAUAGGAGGCAUGCGCAGUAGAAUGCCAUCAGAGCAAACGAACAGCAGCCUUCAAGGAAGUAGACUUUCACGUAUUGUGGAUGAUGAUGAAAUCAGUAUUCAUCAAGGUACCAUAAACCGAGCGCGAACAUUACGACCACGUAAUUUGAGCGAUUCAUCAAUGCACACCACCUAUUUGGAUGAUGAACCAGUACGUUCUACCGAAGAGCACAAGCCAAGAAUGUCUGGACUUAUGGCCACCACAGCGCCUACGCCAGCCGCACUCUCACGUGUGAUCACUCCUUCCACUUUGUCUUUACGUGCUUCUUCUACGGAUACAGGUACUAAAAGUGCCUUAUCAACAAGUCCAAGUGCAACUUAUUCCAGCGGCGGAGGAGGUUUGCUUGGCAGUUUGGUUCCAACGAAAUCCGUCACGAAAGCAUUCGGAAGUUUACUCGGUGCCACUUCUCCAGCUGCUGAAACAGCAAACCCGACUGUGACAAGCAAUUCAGCAACCGCUUCCCGUCCUCCGCAAUUGCGACCAAAGUCCUCAAAAGCACAAUUAUCACUUGCUGCAGCAACAGCUGGCUCCAAGAAUGAGUAGUGAGACAAAUGGGUUGGUUCUAAUGGUGGCAGUGCCACUUAGUGUACAUACCAGAAUUUUGCAGAAAUGCAACUCA